UCGGUUUAAGCGCAAGUUAGGCUUAAAAGUUUGUAUUAUAACAUUGUUGUUUUUUGCUUUUAAUUAAAUAUGGAAUCCAAUACACCAAUUCAGAGUGAACUAUCAGUGAUAUCUCAAAAACUGUGUUUGAUUCCUAGAUGUUCUUCCACUCAAAAUGAAACAAAAAUGGCCAAAGACGUACAACUGGAUGUCGGCGUAGAACAUAUUUCCCUGAACGACGAGAGAAACAAUUGUGGAUGUAAUACUAUUACUAAUAGUAAUACUAAUAAUGUUAUCAGUGAUGACGUGCUUGAUGAUCCACAAAUAUCUAUGUGCAUCAAAACCUCUGAACCAUGUGAACUGAUGACAGUAUUAGUGAAAAAAUUAGUAGAUGGGGAUUAUGAAGAUAUACUGAAAGAUCCAGAAGUUGGUAAAAUUUUAACUUUCAGAAGCUUCUCAAAGGCAAACAUGGAUCAAGGUUUAGCGUCAUGGUCAGAUACAGUUAAAAAAAGUGUUGAACAGUAUCUAGCCGAAGGUGGGGAGGUUCAGCAGAGAGAAGUGCUUUUUAUUGGUAUUGCUUCUUUGCAAUAUUUUGUGCAAAAUAACUGGACUGGGCCAAUAUGUAAUACAUGCAUAACAGAAUUAAUUCCUUGCCAUCCUUGCUCUACUAUUGCAGUGAAAGACUUGAAGAAAUUGACUUUGGAUGCUUUAGCCAUUGAUGGAGAGACUGUUUAUCAUCUCUUGCAUUAUCCUGAAAUGUUGUUCUUAGCAAAAAUAUUACUUUGCGAUGUAUCUUUUUCUUCACAAAGUUACUACACACAUAGUUGGUGGAAGAUGAGAGUUUUAUUUAUUCAUCAGCUGACACUUUCAUCAAGAUGUUCAUCACUAUACAAAGAAAUAAUGUUAGCACUGAAUGAAACCUCCAGUCUUAAGUAUCUAUAUGAAGACCUGAAUUGGAAGCUACAAACCUGUUUUCUUUGUGAGGCAGCUCAUGUACACAUGUACUAUUAUGAAAGUGUGAAAGCCAUGGAUUUCAUUGAAAAAGCACAGAAAAUAACAGGGUUGGAUGUUCAGUUGACUGGAGCACUCGGAAGAAGAACGUACUUUCAGCAGAAACCAGUAGCCCAGUUGCUGCUAAAUGUAAAACAUGAUUUUAAACCUCAAUUUUCUGAUUUUACUAUAUUAGAAGAAAAUUGGCUUCCCAAGGACCGAAAACUAGAUGAUGACACACUUCUAAAUAAGGUGAAAUAUGAAGAUGAAAAAAAUACUGAGGUUCAAAGUUUACGUCCUGAACAACAGAUGAUUAUCCUUGCAUUAUGUACCCAAGUUCAGAAAAAUAAUGCUGUUCAUCCAUUAACUGAAGAGGAAAUAAUGGCAUUUGUGGAGUGUGUAUUAUCUCAACCACUAAUUUGGUGCAUUCAGAUGCAAGCUUUACUACUGAGAACAAGAAUGGAACAGAAAAAUUCUCGUCGAAUGGAAAGAGCAAUGACACAAAUGCAAAAUUGUGUUGAUGCUGUAAAGGCUAUUAAUCCCUCGGCGAAAGACCGUUUAGAAAUGUUUUAUUGCACACAAAUUUCUCCUUUGUGGAUAAUGGAGAGAAACUUGGCAAAUCUGUUUCUUUCCCUUGGAGCUGUGAAGAGUGCUCUUGAAGUUUCUCUACGGCUUGAGCUCUGGGAAGAUGUCAUAUGCUGCUAUCAUCUUUUGCAAAGAAAUGACAAAGCUGAAGCUGUAAUUCGAAAUCAGCUACAGCUCAAAGAAACUCCACUAAUGUGGUGUUAUCUUGGAGAUGUUACUAACAACCCAGAUCAUUACCACACUGCUUGGGAAUUGUCAAAACACAGAAGUGCCAGAGCACAAAAGUCAUUAGGUUACUUUCAUUUUCGAAGAAAAGAAUACAAAGACUGCAUUCAAUAUUUUAAGAAAACACUGGAAAUAAAUGGCUUACAGUUAGAUGUAUGGUCUUCUUUGGGAUUUGCAGCUAAUCAAUGUGAAGAUUUUGAAGUAGCUGCUCAUGCUUAUCGUCGCAUGCUUAAUAUCGACAACGAUAAUUUUGAAGCAUGGAACAAUUUGUCGAUUGCUUACAUCAAAACAAAACAGAAAUUCCGUGCCUGGAAGACUUUACACGAAGCUUUGAAACACAGUUUUGAAAACUGGAAAAUAUGGGAAAAUCUUUUAGUAGUUUCGGUUGAUAUUGGUGCUUUUGAAGAUGCCAUUAAUGCUUGGCAUCGACUUAUAGACAUCAAGGAAAAGCAUACGGAUGAUGAAAUACUGGCAAUCCUUGUUCAGGCUGUGGUUGAUAAUAUUUCAGAUGUUAAUGGAUGUCCAUCGUCGAGGCUUCGUGAAAAACUGUUGAAGAUAAUGGGUCGAAUGACAGCCACCUCAGCUACAAGUGCUAAAGGCUGGAGGCUAUAUGCAAAACUCCUUACUUCUUUACCAGAAGAGACCCAGACUAAAGAAAAUGUAGAGCGUGCAGUUCAUUACUUACAAAGAGCACAUCGUAAUGCUACACAAAUGGUGAACUGGGCCAAGGACUUUAAUCAAAGCAAGGAAGUCCUGGAAGAAGCUGCACAGUUAGCAGAUACUUAUCUUAUGUCUUCAACUUAUGUCUCUGAUGAAAAUCAAACCAAACAGAUUCUUUCUUCAGCCAAGUUAAUGUUAAAUAGUGUUAUAACAAGUGUUAAGCAAAACUUAGUCAACUUUACCCCAGAGCAGAUGGAGCAACUUCAAGUGCUGAAUGAUAUUUUGAUAUCCAAAUUAAAUUAUGUUACUGCUAAAAUAACCGUAUGAUAAUUUCUAAAAAAAAAAAGUAAGUUGGUAAACAGUGUAGGUGUAAUUAUAAUGUUCCAAACUUUUUUUUUAAUUUUCAAAAUAUAUUAAAGUAACCCAGCUGAUGUACUUCGGGCACGUAGCUUGUAUUUCUGUAUGGUUUUAUGUUCUCUAAUACAAAGAAACAUAUACACCCCAUAUUGUUAUUUAAAAAGCAAACAUCAGCACAGCCAAACUUGAAACUAUAAAAGGUUAUUUAAAAUGUGAUUAUGAUUAAAAGUAGUGGCAGCAAUAUUACAAGAAGAUGAAUUUUAUAUGAAAUAAUUUCUGUAAAAAUUUUACUUAAGAUUUAAAACUAGAAGUAAAUUCAGAAAUAUGAGGGAAGAAUGUGAUUUUUUAUUACUUCACAGAUUUAGGGAUAAAUUGUCUACAUCAUUGUUCUAAUAAUUAUUUCUAAGGUUGCUUAGCUACUCAAUUUAAAAACAGUGAUAUGAAACACUUGAAGUAGCACUGAAAAGACAAUCAGUGGAUUAACUGAUUCUUAAACUUAAAUACUGCCUCAUAUUUCUUGCUUAAGUAAACCAGAAAUAAAUUUAAAUAUUGGCACGGACCAUCGAAAGUAAGUCAUUUGUAAAGACAAAUCUAAUGUUUUAAAAAAUGUUUGGUAAGUAAUGUUAAAAAUAGUUGACCUGUGACUAUUGUGUUUUAAAAUUUUCAGAAAAUUCUUUUCCUAUAUGUUUUAUUAUAUCUACUACCCAGUGCCAUAUAUAGAUAACAGCUCUUUUAUUUUGUAGAUUCAUGACUAUUGUAUAAAUAUAACACUGAGAAAAAAGGCAAUACAUAAUAAAUGUUCAAGCAGAACCACUAUAGUUGUUAGAAAAUAAAACUUACGUUCCAUGACAUGCAACACAAGAACGUAUUCGUAAUGAGUACGUAUUACGACAGCGCUGUAGUCAAUAAUUCCAGUAGUAUGACUCGGUAAAUAUUGAGUGUUAUUAUGAAAUUCUCACAAUAGGCAAAAAAAAACAACAUUAAAAACGUACCGAGGCGUCGUUGUAUUAACAUACAAGCAAAAAUUUUCAACCGUUAAUUUCGAUGACAAAAACUAUUACUUAGCUUUAGUUCAUAUCUUGAUUAAGUUUCGUAAGAUAAUAACUAGAAAAAAUAUGCGUUUUGUUACUGAUUUUUGUGGAGG